AUGACCGACUCCUCCUCGAAGCGUUCGUCGCCCGAACGGGCCGGCCUCGAAGACCCCGAUACUGCCGCCACGCGCAAGGAGCUCAAGCAGACUGCGAUUUCCGACAAACAAAACAGCUUGCCGGCCCCCGUGGAUACGCCGUCCGCCGCCUCUGCAGCAACCAAGGAUGGCGACGACGAACAGGCAGCCGCUACGACCCCUGAGCUUUCUGCCGCCGAGCCUGGAAUUGAUCGAUUGAAAGAACAAGUCUCGUCCCCAAAGAAGAAGCGGGCUCAUGACGAGGUUGACGAAACCCAGGGCUCGAAUCAGACCGCCAACGGUGAUGUCUCUCCGCUGGCAGGAAGCGACAAUAGGAGUGAUCGAUCCGAGCCUGAGAAGAAGCGGCCUCGCGACGUGUCAAGCGAGGUAAAGGGCCAAACAACAGAGGCAACAACGAGCGCAUCCAAGGACACGGACGAAACAGAGAAGUCCUCCGAGGGAGACAAGAAAAAGACAACACAAACAACAGCGUCAGCCUUCAGCAGCUCCGGGCUCUCUGCCUUUGCAACCACGUCCUCGCCAUUCUCAGCCACUAGCAGCAAGCCUCUGUCCUCGUUCUCCAGCGGAACUGCUUCAGCUUCUCCUUUCAAAACAAUGGGAUCCUCCUCAUCUUCGGUCUUUGGCGGCAGCUCUCUGUCCAGCGGCUCAUCUCCCUUCGGCCAAGCCAGUGCUGCGUCGAAGCCAUUCGGCAGUAGCUCCAUUGGUAGCGGGUUCGGUAGUUCCUUUGGCGGAGCAAAACUCACUUCAUUCGGCAAGGCUGGCGAGGCAUUUAAGAGCACUAAACCGGCUAAAGCAUUCGGCGCCCCAGAAAGCGACGCCGAGUCGGACAAUGAGGAUGAACCUGAUGAGGAUGCAGACGAACCAAAAGAGACGUCCGAGGAGAAGAAAGCAGAAGAGGACGAGAAGAAGAAGGUCAAGUUGCAUAAAGUGGUUGUCGACGACGGAGAGACAGGCGAGGCUACGAUCUUGUCAGUUCGCGCGAAGAUCUACUACCUUGACAAGCUCAGCAAGGCUUGGAAGGAGAGAGGGGCUGGAAACCUCAAGAUCAACGUACCACUUCAAUGCGUCGAUAUCGACGAGGACACUGGAGCGGCUCUUCCUGGCAGUUUCGAUGCGUCUAGCCUAGAGGACGGCGAUGCCAAGAUCGUACGACUUGUUAUGCGGCAAGACUCCACGCACCGCGUCAUUCUGAAUACGGCAAUCUUCCCAGCGAUGAAGUUCAGCGAGAAGGCGGGGCUGAAGUCAGUAGCCAUAUCCUUUACUGCGCUUGAGGGUAACGCGGAGCCUGUCAGCAUACAAUUGAAGCUGAACGCCGUCAACGCCAAAUCCUUUUUAAACGAAGUCGCGAAAGUCCAGCGGGAAUUACAAUCUGCAUAG